GGGGCGCUACGGCGGAUGAGGAGUCAACUGGCGGAGGAUGCGUGUCCCGAAUCUCAGUUGGUAAUGGGCAAGACCCUCAGAGCAGUUGGAUCAGGUGGUGCUUCCAUACCUGUGCCCCAAGAUCAAGAGGAAGACAAAGAGGGAGCGCGUUUGGCAGUGUUCUGGCUGACCCGGGCAUCCCUUCAAGGCAGCAGCGAGGCAACAACACUGCUUCAAGACUGUCUUGACAAUAACAUUGGAAUAUGUGAGCAUAAUUACCAUGAGGUGCGAGAAUGUUUGGCUAUGGACUUGCAGGAAAAGCUGGCGAGGAGAGCAGCUCACAUGCUCUUUUUCAGUGUGAGUGAUGGGAAUGACAUCAUCAGUAGCUGUGGUCUGGCAAGCAAGGUUCAGGAAGUGUUAGCAGGUGGAGAUAAAGAUGAUAUGGAAGCUGAUGGCCAACAAAAGAAUCCCAAGGAGCCUGAGAGCUACGCUAAUCUGGAGGAACGUUACGGUGGGGAAAGAUUCACCGAAGACCACGUAGUGUCGGGUUCAGUCCUCUACUACCAGGGUCGUGUUCCUCCGAUGCAUCACUUUCUCACUCUGAAUUCAUACACAUCAAACCCGCUCUUCCUUCAGGCAAUAAAUUGGCCCCGUAGGAAUCUUGAGAGAAUUUUCCCAAGUUGUAUCCACUUCCUGGGUGUUGUACUCACUAAUUAUAUUAUCAAGGUUUUAAGACUGUUGACUCCUGUUACCAGUGGACUGAUCAUCUGUUUCCUAGGUAGCUUAAUGUCAUUAUUUGGAGCAGAAUAUGUGAUAGUUUUUCUCCCAGUCAUUGUGUCUUGUGUAUCUGUAAUAGUGAUGAUAGUGUCUUCAGUCCAUAUGUUGCUGAACAGAAAGCGAUUUGACAGCUUUCGUGUUUGGUCUCUUGUAUUUUCUCAUUAUUGUCCAGAACUGGAUGUAGAUCAGGCAGAAGGUCGGUUUAAAUCUCGGUGCUGGAAACCAUAUGCUACCAUGUGUGUAGCUGUGUUCUUUUAUCUUAGUACAGUACCAUUAACUUCACCUAAACUUAUGAUCAUCUUCUUACCUAUAAUAUGUUUCACUGCAAUCACAACAUUUUUAUACGUUCCUGAGAAGCUUACGAGAUGGCAGUUCCUCUCACUGACAGUUUAUAUAUUAGCCAUGACACCAAGUGCCCAUGGUAGUAUUAGCAGUUGGCUUGUCUCUGUGUCUAAGGGAACUGGCUUGGAGUAUUUAUUUAUGGAAGACCACAUAGAUAUAUUUUGGAAGGUAAAACUGCACUUGGGAGUGGGACCAAUCCUUCACUUAGUGUGGUUUAUUCUCCAGUUUGUUAUUGUGGUACGUAGUGGCCCUUCUCACCUUCCUCCUCACCUGGUCAGUGUUUUAUGGUGUCAUUUAGCCAUAGUAGCCUCCCAGAAGGUGGCUGCACCAACUGACUUGUUAUAUCCUGUAGUUGGGUGGUCCAUCCUGGUCCUCUUGCCCACCAUUGCUUCCAUUAUGUUGUUUGUGGGACCAGCCCUUAUAUGUGUUGGUCUUGGCUUCCAUGGUGGCAUUAAUUAUCAGAUUUUGAUAUUAAUUUUUUGUAGUGUUUUAUUUAUCUUGGGUUUUUUGAAACACUGGUGUCCAAACUUAAUUUUAGUGUGUAAGUGGGUGGUGAUGGGGGUCAUGGUGUUAUUAUUCUUGCACCCCAGCCUCUUUGUGAAGUCAUCACCCAAACAGUACACCAAUCUACAGUGGGAGAGUUACAAGAAUGUUUGUCUUCCCUCAAAAGAAACAGGAGCAGUUACCACACAUGGUUGUCUGCCUCUAAAGGAAACACUGGUGAAAUGGCAAGGGUCUAUUGCACAGGUAAACAUUAAAUAUCACAACUUACCCCACAUUGCUUUCUCAGUGUUACCGGCAGUGUUAAUACAACCUGUUUUGUGUUAUUUAGGUAAAAGAUUGCCCACAUGUCCAUCCACUAAGGUUGUAACAACUCAGAGUGAGCGCUGUCAGUUGCUGCAUAAUGUCUUAGGGUCUGAGACAUGUUCAUUGGAAAAUUGGAAUGAGUAUGAUUUUGAUAUUACCGUGGCAAUGAGCUCCUCUUACUGGAAGUUUGGCAAUGAAGGUUCUCAAGUUAGCCUUUAUGCAGACAGCACAUUCCAGGAGUUUAUGCUGGGACUACACAUAGGCGACCAAGUGGAAUUUGUCGGGGCACUGUCUGACGGAAUUGGAUCACUUCAACCCAGAUUGCAUUUAUCAUCCAUCAAGUGCAUAAACUGUAAAUCAAAAUUAAUUUCCGUACAAAAAAUAAACCCACAGUUUAAUUCAAACAUUUGGACUGUUCCCACAUACAUAUUUAACUUUUUCCUAGGACCAACUUUAACUAUUUAAUAGUUCUGCUAAAUGACAUAAUUUAAAAAGGUAAAAUGGAGGUGCAGUUCAGGUGGGGUGAUUCAUGCUGUCAGGAUGGUGGAACUUCAAGUACAGUACAAUGAUAUUAUGGGACUGAGGUCAGUUCAUGAAUAUUGACCGAGGGUAUCUUAUUAAAUUAUACAAAGUGAGAAUUGUGUAGAUGAUAUAUGUUUGUUAGGUCAUAUACCUGUCAUAUGAUUUUAGGGUACUGUGUGUGUGUGUGUGUGUGUGUCUACUUGACAUGUUUUAUAAGUCAAGAAAAACCCUUUCCUGCUGCAGUGAACCCAGCAAUUCUUAGAUUCACAAUGGAACAUUCAAUUGCUAACAGUUUGCCGUACUGAACUAAAACCCAAAGCUUUUGGUGAGAAAGAGAGAGGGUGGUAGGUACUAUUAUCUGGCCAUGAAAGCUGUAUUAACCAUAUCUAAUCCUAGUUUGCAAUGUUUUUCUCAGUUACAAGAAGUAGCUAGAUUUGCUUGUGUAACUUCACAACAGUAAUAUGGUUAUAGCCGUGAGUAGUGAUGUACAGGCAGUGUAUCGAUUAUCCAGCAACCUUGUGGCCAGAAAUAUACCAAAUUCAGAAAUUUCCCAGAUUUUGGCAAUACUGUAGUGUUAUACUGUAAGCCUAAAAUAUACUUAAAAUACUGACUAAAGUAUGGGAAACUGUAGGUUAGAUUGUGCAGUUUCCAGAUGACCCCAGGAUGAAAUAGCUAUAUAUUGUACUGAACAAGUUUUUUACAUUAAUUCCCUGAUCACAAAUUGUUAGUAAAUGAAACUUAAGGAAGUUAUUGCUAAUACAGUAUAAAAGCUCUAUUUAUAAAAAGUUACCCGUUUGUAAGUUUUAAAUUUUCAACAAACUGUAAUUGAUGUCAACCCUUAAUGAGUGAACUGAUAUCAAUUGACUAUACUGUAUCGAGUUUCUUUAACACAGUGCAGUACAAUAUUUGUACAGUAGCUAAAACAACUAUCAGUGCAGGUGGGGGUCGAUAUGCUCCGAAAUUUUACGUGUGACUAGUGACAGCCCUCAUAUACCAAAAUUUAUUGUCCGUGGUCUCAUAUUGUUUCCCACAAAGUAUACACAGGUAGUUGUUUUAGCUACUGUACUUGUGUGGAGAAAAAUGACAACAGGUUGGAAUGGUUGCAAAUUGUGAAGCAUAAUUAGAGGAAGAGGAAUGAUUAUGGGAAGUUUUAUGUUUACUCUGCCAUUGUCAUCAUAUAAAAGUACUUCUCCAAUUUCUUUCAGCCAGAUGCUUACCACUAUGACUUGUCACAAGAACAUGCUAGGAGCUAAUUUGGGGGAGAAAUUUACAGGUCGUAAGAUAACUUGGGAAACACGGCAAUUAUUAUAAGAUUAUUGACACUACAUUAUUUUGGAACUAAACUGUGGCAAAAAGUGGAAAAUAAAAGAAAUGGGGGACAUGCCAGAGCAUAGGUGUGUUUACCAGGGCCAUGUAAUUUUCAGUGAACUCUGUAAUAUUGUACAGUACAGAGAACAAACAACACUGACUGUACUUUGUAAUAAUAACCAUUAAAAAAAUAUAUUUGUAACUUGUUAAAGAUGGAGUGACAAUUGUUUAUUCAGUGGUAGAGCUUUUGGAAUAGUAACUGUACCAUUAAAAGCUUCCUUGAUCAUUAAAUCCCCAUAAUUCAUUCAAAAUCAUCAUGUCAAAUCUCUAAAGUAACUCACAGAAUUGUUAUACAGUAUUUCUAAAAAGUUAAAUUUCUCAGAAUUCUUACUUCAGUACUGGGGGGUGACUACUGUAACUAUGCCUGCUUGUGUCAUAUUUCUCACCUUACUGUAUGUGAAGUUCACUGGUAAAAUAUGAUAGCUGCUGAUGUUGGUCUGGUCAGUUCCAACAGCAGUUUAAGAAUCUCUUUUACAAUCAAAUAUUUGUAUUAACUUUAAGACUAUUAUCAAAUCCUCCAAAGUUCAAAUAUAAUUAGUAUCUUAUUAAUUUUCUUUAAUAUGCUUAUUACGGUAUGUACAAUUUACUGAAUAAAUUAUUAGCUGCAGCUCUUGUGGUUCACUUUUGGCUUAUCUAACACCUGCUAGUCAUGGUAUAAUAAAGUGAAAAAGUUA